CGCGCUCAGUUGAUCGAUAUCUUCUGCAUCAGUACCUGCGAGAUUGCACCAUCCGACUUCACACGCUUCUUACACCAUGGGAAUCAGAAUCGAACGCGCCGGUCCGGAAGACUCAAAUGUCUGCGUGGAACUGGGCUUCAAAGCGUUUCAAAACGACCUUUUGAAUCGAUCGGUUUUGCCAGAAAACGUUACUCCAGAACAGGAGAGAGAAUACAUCGAAUGGAGGAAGUCAAUAUUUCGAAGGCGACUGGAGGGCGAGAACCGACAUUGGUUGAUGGCCGUAGAUGAAUCCACUGGCGAGGUCUUGGGAUAUGCAGGCUGGAGUGGCCCGGCCGCGAAGCCUGUGGGGCAUCCUCCGGAGGAAGGUCGACCCGCAUUCGUUAACAUGAAACCUUUCGACGCUCUCUUGAGUGCCAUUGAGGAAGCUCAGAAGGAACUUGGAUAUGCUGAUCGCACCGAUUACUGGUACUUGCAAAGUUUUGCCGUUCAUCCGGAUCACUGGGGCAAAGGAGUGGCCGGAAAGCUGCUACAGUAUUCCAUGCAAGAGCUGAUCGACCGUGACGGACGGGAUGCCAUCCUCGAAUCGACCCCGAUGGCGAAGAGGACAUAUGCUCGAUGGGGCUUCCAGGAGGUCAAAGAGCUUCCGCUGAUGAACGGAGCGUACAUCUCGACAGUCAUGAUACGCCCAGCACAGAAGAAGGCGACUGAGGUCGCGGUGAACGGCGAUUCAUGAGAGGCAUCCCUAGCAGGAAGCCGUUCACGCGGGAAUGUCGCCGCCGAACCCGACAG